CGUUUUGCGACUGAGCGAAAAUGCAGCAGCACGACGACGACGACGGGAGCCCGAUUCAAGAGGACACCUCCGAAGAGAAUGCCAUUGACAUGAUGAUGCCAACCGAAGGAUUCUAUGGGUCGAAACCGAGCGGAGCCAAUUAUCGCCCGAUCUCGGCGCCCCCAAAGCGAUACGUCUCGCACGAGUCGGCACAGCCGCCGCUGCUCAUCGAGACGAUCCAUGGCAUCACGUUGCAGACGCUGCCACCGCGUCCCGAGAGCGCGAAACCCGCGCGCGUCUCGUCCCGUCCACCUGUCGAGGCACAUGCUCGCUUUCGUGAUCUCGAGAGCCGAGAUCGCCCCGUCUCGGCACCGCACCGCACAGUUGCAGUCAAGACAUCGACGACGUCCAAGACGUACUUGCGUCGCGCCGCCGACAAAAAGAAGGAGAAAGAGCGGGACUUUGCUAUUGAGCUUUUUCAAGAAAAGAUCGACCAAGAGCGAAAAGUGGCAGUCAAGAUCACGCAAGCCAACAAGCUCAUGCGACGCCAGGGCUCCAAGAAGACCUACUACAUGGCCAAGAACCGCGAAGAUUUCGUCGUCGUGCGCGUCAUCGAAGAGAACGUGCCAGAGCGCCUGUUGAGCAUCGACACUUUUGUUCGUGAAUUUGAGCGCAUGACGGCGCUGUGGGCCGCCAAGACCAAGGACUCGGCCCCGUUCGACGAUGCGUUGCCGGCCAAGACGCCUGCGAUUCGCCUCCACCCCAAGAAGGAGACGCAGUCGGGGCUGCGCAUGAUUCUCAAAGGCACGAUUGAGCUCACGGCGAUCCUCCAAGAGCAGCUCUUUGAGCUCCAGAGCAAGGGCUGGAACUGCAACACGGUCAAGGCGCUUAUCGCGCCACCACACGCGUCUUAAUUGGAAACGAAGCCGGUUGACUUUGUCGCUUCAAA